UUAUGAAUAAUAAUGAUGAUGCUGUUCUUAUUGCUACAGACUACAGCAAUGUCUCACAAUUUCAAUUCCGAUCUGAAAGUGGUCCUCCUAUUGAAAUAGAGAUGAUAUACAAAGGAAGCAAGACAAGAUUAAGAAUAAUGAACAGCUCCAAUGACAUUGUCACAUCUCCAGCAGCAGUUGAAGCAUGUUACAAAGUAAUCACUGCUUCAUGUCGAUGUCUUGAAGGGAAAAUUAAUACGAUACGUGACCUCAAAUACAGUCUUGCUGUGCCUUGCUGUGAGUCUCCUGAUAGAUGUCAUUAUCUCUACUACAAUUGUGAGCCUCAACUUUGUGAUGCUUGUUCAGCUGAAAAUAAUGUCAGAUUAUGCUGGAGUAAAGCAGCAAAUAAGUGUGAAAAAUUAAAGAAAGAUGAUGGAGCAAGAUUAAAAGAAACUUGUCGUACAGAUAUUCCACUUACAUUACAAGACAUUGCUGGUCUCGUUACUGAUGAGUAUGAUUUUGAUGCCUUGAAAGAAGCACUUAACAUCAAAGAUGUUUUGCUUCCUGAUCCAGAAGAUAGUGAGCGCAAAAAGAAGGCAAUGAUGCUGAUGCUCCUACAUUGGGAAAAUCAGCAGGCAAAAACACCAACUAAGCAUGCACUAAAAACUAUAUUAGAAAGUAGUGGAUUUGCUCAUAUUGCCAAUAAACUGGAUACUGAAAUGAAAAGUGAUGUAUAUUAACUCAAAUAAUUACAAUACCAUAUCUAUACUGUUAUACUAUAUCUAUACUGUUUCUACAUUAUUGCUAGACUAUGUGUUGGAUUAAUUUUAAUAGUAAUU